AUGACUCUAUCGACAAAAUCAAGUAAUGAUAAUCUUUCAUCUGAAAUUCCUCCUAAAAGAUUCAAAAAUACAAAAACUGAAGAGGUUGAGCUCGAUUCUUUAGAGCGUGAUCUAGGAUUGCGUCGACAAAUUUGGCAAUAUCAUCCUAAUCAACGAGAAGAGAUUCGUCUAGUUUAUUUGAAUAUGAAAGUAUAUCAACCUAUUCUUGAAGAAUAUUCAUUAAAUAAAAAUAUUAAGCAUCCUCGAAGAUUUCAGUCAACUUGGUAUGAACAAUUUCCUUGGUUGGAGCAUUCACCCACUAAAGAUAAAGCAUAUUGCGUCACAUGUUUUAUCUUCAACAAGCCUUCAGGAUGCUUAAAUCAAACUACAUUUACUGUUGAUGCAUUUGAUAAGUGGAAGAAAGUUCGAAAUGGAAAAGCUUGUGCUUCCCUAAACCAUAUGGGAAAAGAUAAUGUAUCUUCACCCCAUCGUAAUACUGAAAAGACAUGUGAGGAUUUGAUGAAACAAACACAACAUCUAACAAGGAGAUUCAACAAUUUUAAUGAUGAACAAGUUGCAACUAAUCGUCUUCGAUUAAAGGCUCACAUACAUGUGCUGUUAUUGCUUGCACUUCAAGGAAUUCUGUUUAGAGGUCAUGAUGAGAAAUCUAGUUCAUCUAAUCGUGACAAUUUUCUUGAAUUUUUGGAUGUGCUAACUAUGUACAAUGAUGAACUUUCAAAGGAAAUUGUGAAAGUUCCAAAAAAUGCCAAGUAUACAAGUCACGAUAUUAAAAAACAAAUACUUCAUGUGCUUUCAAUGAGAGUGAAAAAGGCUAUUCAUGAAGAAAUUGGAGUUGUCAAGUAUUGCAUAAUUGUUGAUGAAGCCUGA